UUCCAUCUGACGUCACCCGGAAGCGGGGGACGGGGGUGGAGCCCGGGAGAAGAUGGCGGUUCUUCGCUGCAGGCGAGAUCCCUGCGGCGUUAUCUGCCUGAUUUUAACUUAUUUCAGCGUGUUUUAUGCGGACUAUGUGGUCAUACAGUACGUGCUCAUCCCCGCGUACUCGGACAGUGUGUGGUGUACUCUCCACGGGUCAGUGUUCAACCUGAUUCUGCUGCUGCUGCUAGCCUGCCACUCUAAAGCUGUUUUCUCAGAUCCUGGCAUGGUGCCUCUUCCUGACACGGCCAUCGACUUCUCGGACCUCCGCUCUCAGUCGUCUCGGAUGAACGAGCGGGGCUGCGAGGGCUGGACGGUGUGCAGUCGCUGCGAAACCUACAGACCCCCCAGAGCGCAUCACUGCCGUGUCUGCCAGAGGUGCAUACGCCGCAUGGACCACCACUGUCCCUGGAUCAAUAAUUGUGUCGGGGAGCUAAACCAGAAGUAUUUCAUCCAGUUUCUCUUCUACACUGGUAUGGCCAGCCUGUACUCCAUGGUGCUGGUGGUGUCGGCGUGGGUGUGGAGAAUAAGGAACGAGCGAGGCGGUGACGCAGAGAAGGAAAGCGAGGAGACGCCCAGCAAACACCUGAUAGUGGCGCAUUACAUCAUCCUCCUCGUGGAGUCGGUGCUGUUUGGUGUGUUUGUCAUGGUCAUCUUCUACGAUCAGCUGGUCUCCAUAAUCACAGACGAGACUCCCAUCGAGCAGAUGAGAAACAGGCUGAUGAUUAAAGACAGGGCUUCUUCGUCCUCUUCAUCCUCCACCCCCUCCUCACAGCUGCCUCACCACCCUUCACACACCCGCAAGCCGAAGCUGGCCCUGUUGCGGGAGGUCUUUGGGAGAGGGUCGGUCUUUUGCUGGCUUCUCCCGCUCCACUCCAGCCCUCCGUCAGUCGGAGGCAUCACCUACUCCGCCCUGCCUGACUACGACGUCUGACUCGUGGGCACAAGAGGGGACGGAGAGGAGAGAGAAGAAAAAGGGAAGGCGAGGGAGGUUUUUGUGUGCUUGUGUGAGCGCGUGAAUGAAUUUUUUGCAUAUUUAUGAUGUCUUAUCUCUGGAACUGAGGGGGUGAGAGUAAAAGGGAUGAAGGCCGAGGUGUGAAUGAAUGAAUGAAUAAUGCACCAAGUAUGACUCUCCUCCAGGACCUAAACACAAUGUUCAUGAAAACCUAUUUCUCAUCUUUCCUGGCACGAGGAAAGAGCACUGACCGCCCCCCGAUGUGUCCUGAUGUGCAGUUUUAUUACCAGCAGUUAUAGGAAAGAGCUACUCCUGUGUGGACUCUGGGAUUUGACUGGUGUGGCUUUUAGACAGUUUCACACUAAACAGGCUGAAUUAAAAAGGUCUAAAUAUAAUGUCCACUAAACCCAACGACAGGCGCUGCUAAAGAGACGUAAAUGCAACAUGCACAUCAAGUGCGUCCAAAGCUGUGGGAGGGGGGAAAACGAGAUGCGCAGUCGCUUCAAUGUUCUUUAAAGAGUAACUCAAAAACGGGUACAAGUCACCUGACCAGGGUUUAAAUCCUGACAGGCGAAGAACUUGACCUUGUGAUUCCUCGUGUUGUGAGGGUGAGUCGAUGCCUGUCUUUCAUGUUCAGUUCAAACGCUGAUCACCAUCAGCUCUGCCUUUAACAAUAGAUUUCAUAUAGCUGAGUUAUGAGACUGAGCUUGGCGUCAUACUUGUGAGACAUCUCUCUUUAUGGCACGAUGCUUAAAAUUUAGUUAAACCUCCAGAUUUUUAUUCAUGGAAAUUACUUUUCUAUUCUGUUCAAUUCAGUUUUAUUUGUGUAGCGCCAAAUCACAGCAACAGUCAGGUCAAGGGGCUUGUAACGUAAAGACCCUCCAGUAAUACAGACAAAAUCCCAACAAUCGCAUGACCCCAGUGAGCAGGUGAAACUACACGACCAGCUUUGCAUGAUUUAAAAUUAAAAAUAAGCCUUAUUUAUAUUAAAUAAAGCUCCUCCCACUUUAAGACAGCUUUCUUCUCAUUGGCUGCCCCUGGUCACUCUGUGCAUUUGUGUAUGUGCGAAACGUAUCAUUUGUACAGAGAGCGUGUAACCUCACCUGUCCGAAACUUCCUCCAAAUAUGGGUAUGGAGCCGUUCUUUAAUCCCGUGAGUGUAAGAAGAGGAAAACCAUCCUUUGAGUUACUCUUUAAUUAAAAUGCCUGUGACGUUUCAGCUACUGUGACCAGCUGAUGUCCACUAACAGUCAGAUAUCAGUCAAAUCCCAGUGCUUUACUGCUUUAUUCAACCAGUAUUUAUGCUGGUGAUUGUUUUACCACUCAAGCUUUCAUCAGCCUCCACAGGAAGUUUCUAAAAUAGGUCAGUUCAGCUUCCUGGUUCAUCUCAGUGUUUCUUAAUCAUACACUGCAGCACGAUAGAGAGACUAUUUGAGUUUUUAUGUACAGUCGAGCUUUAAUUAUUCGGGAUGCACUGAUACUGAAUUCGUUAGGUUCUGUGUGUUUUGUGUGUUUUCUCUGUUUGUUUUCCGUCCACACUGGUGAAGCCUUGUGGUGCAAAACAUGUCAAGCUUUAAAUUUUGUUUAUGCAACUACUGUUUACCAUGGUAUGCUUUGUGGCCAUAAGUACUUAGGCUUCUUCAAUCUACGCUGGUGUUCAACCAGAAAGUUUAUCCACAGGGAUAUUUGUACGUUUUGAUGGUAGGGCUCUAUUGGGAAUGAAUAAGCCCUCUAACUGAAGCAUCCAAAUACUUUUAGUCACAUAGUUUAUUAACGUGUUUACGUGGAGGGCAAUUAAUUAUCUAUUUUUAUUCUCGUGCUCAACCAAUCUUAAAUGGUUUCUAUAUUUAUAACAUUCAUUUGUUUUAUUCUGAAACAUAAAUGCAUUAGCUUCCUGUGCAGUCAUGUCCAGGAUGACAAGCGUGUGUGGGAAUGUUGAAUUCUUGUUUUAGGGUUUUUGUUUUUUUACUCAUUCUUCUGUUUGACGUGCUACUAAACUUUGUUACAUUUGCAGAUUUCUUACACUAUUAUUACACACACAUGCACACACAUAUAUAGUUUGGUGCAAUUGAAGGUAUAAAAAAGAAGCUGCUUUUGGGGGGGAAAGGAUUUACUACACUGAAAUCUGUUUGACAGUGAAACACAAACUCAGAGUUCACCAGUGAGUAUUCUGCGUUAUCUCAGUGAAGGGACGACUCUUAACUUAGUUAUGGUUUCUAACUAUUCUGUGGAAUUAACUCUAACAAGUGUGUGUUUUUAUGUGAGGGGUGGGGCUGCCUUUCACUGCUGACCUGUUACUUGGAUAUAUUUGAAAGUAUAUAUGACCAGAGUCGGGCGAUUUAUCAGCACAUUGUAUUUUUAACACAGGAAACGGUCUCAAAUGAAUGAUGGUGAUCAUGUGAUACAUUUUAUAAAGUAAACUGGUGGCUUUGUAUUGGAAAGAGUCAGAGGUCAGACAUGAAGGCAGCUCCACCCUCUGUGUGUUUUAUGUAUGUUUGUAUAUAUUUUUUCAUUUCCUUGUUCAACCUGGGCUGAACAAUAUUCUGCGAAUUGUCCAUUUUCUCAGAGUACUCGCUGCAGCCCUCAGAGGUUUCGAUCAAAACUUUCCAGCUGAGAGAUGAAGUUACAUGACUUAAUCUGCCUUUUUUAUAUUUUAACAUGCUUUUGGAUAUUUAUUAACAAUUUAAAGGCAAAAUAUUAAAGAUUAGAGAGAUGUUAUGAAACAGCUGUAGAAAGACUUCUAGUUCUGCAUUCACAUUGUGAACAACGUGGGGCUGCUGGUGCAGAAAUGCAUAGUUUAUUUUGACCUUUAAACGUUACACUUGAAAUUAUACUAAAUAUUUUUACAGUAAGAAUGAGUCAAAAAAAUGUUGAAGCACACAUGUACUGCUACGUUUUUUUUGUUUUUUUUGUUGUUGUUGUUGUUAAUGUGGACAUCCCACAUAUCUGAAAAAAUAUGUAGAUCUGGGACUAGUGGCUGCUUAGCUUAGCUUAGCUUAGCUUAGCAUUGGACCUAGAAAUUAGCUUAUCCAAAAUCAGCAUAGCGAUGUGUGGUGUCAACCAAUGAAAGUGGCUUGAAGGCCAAAGGUGGAGCUCUACGUCAAGUGCUACUACUGCCACUUUUGUCUAGCCUGCAGGUAUCUUCUUUGGAGUCACACAAUAUUGGACGAUCACAAGGGUUUUUUUCUUUUUUUUUUAGACUUAGCUAGAAAAAUUACUUGGCUAUGCUAAAGAAAACAUUGUUUGACUGUGCAAGUUGAGAAAUUAGGCUAAAUGUACCUACACUGCAACAACAUGACAGAAAUUGAUUGCAAUAAACUUGUCAGAAUGUUGAAUUCAAGCAUCCUUUCAGGGUCAGGGCUAACUAACAUAGUAAGAUUUUCCAAAAGAAACACCAGCAUUUUUGUUACAAGUUAAGUCUGCUAUGACAAUAUUUCCAGAGAGAAGCUCAUCUUUAAAUGGGAAUUGAUUUGAGGUAGACUGGAGGCCACUGUGGCAUUGCACUGGCUCAGUCUGAACCAGUCUCUGGCCACUUUCAGUGUAACUGGGUGGCUAGCUGGUUUAAGUCCUGAUUAUACUCGGACAUGGACAGAUGGAGACAUGAUGGCAGAGUUGCUAUAUUUUAAUGUAAUGUCUCAGCAGAUGAGUCCAUUAAGUCAGAAGAAACAUGCAGGUCGGCAGAUGUCUGGAUAGACCCUGGCACUCACUGUCUGACGAAGAAAAUUUAUGUCACUUAAAUACCAGCGGACUGGCUGCAGAAAGUAUAAUUAAGGCUUAACAACCAGCAUAGGCUUUAUUAAGAACUCCGUAGACUUAUGGGGUCAGGUGUUUCAAAGCUUUACGGAAAGAUAAGCUAAUAAACUGCUAGCUUAAGUGCACACCAGGAAAUUAUUCUUAAACACUUGCACAGUUGGGUGAUUCUCACAAAGAUCCCCCCACACGAGGAAAAAUACAAGGCUUCUGGAACAUUGAUACUAUUAAAGAUUCAGUAUUUUCUAACUUUCAGAUGUUAGUUUAAAUUUAGCCUUUAAGCUCAUCAUUUUCCUCCAAACUGUCAAAGAAAGUAGAAUCUCGUGUUGCUCAGCUGUGAGGCGGGCCUUACUGCCAGGUAAAUGCAACAUGUGGACCGUGUAAAGGCUACAAAUGCUUGGGACAGUUCUCCAAGGCUUUUGGACCUUUUAAAGAGAAAAAUCAUAGGUGUAAAUGAGGCUUUUACUGUUCGUCUCAUUCUAAUUUAUUUAGAAUUAUGUUGCACAUUGGAUCUUAAGUUUAGCUGCAUGUUGUUCACAGUGUGAAAGCACGUUCUUCGAGCUGUACGCUGCCUUAUUUCUGUGUGAUUUUGAACUUUUAUAGUGACUGCAGAGGAUGUUGGAAAGGCUUCCUGAAAGUUUCUCGUAACUUUUCUCAUGACAGACAGAAACACUCAGUCCGCCCAGGUCGGGUCUCUGCUAGCUGUAAAUAGGAAAGUUCAUAUUUUCUAUCAAUGAUGUGCAAUUCUCAUGAAGGGACAGUUCCUGCAGUCUUUUUUUUUUUUGUUUUUGAUCAGUUUGAAGCAAAACGAGGUUUGAAAUGUUUUUGAUCUUGUGAACGUCAGAGAAGUCCAGAGGUACACAAGGUUUGAUGUUUUAAUUAUUCUCUCCUUAAAAUUAUUUUUGGUCUAAUUGAGGGUUUAUUCAGGGCUGAACAAAGAGUCUAAUAUAAUCACUCACAAACGAAACCAGCUGUACCUCAAAUUUGUCCAACACCUAACCCC